ACACUGCUUUAGGAUAGGAAGGAAGGUCCUUCAUGCAUCUGUCUUGUUUUUCUGCUUGAGAGACUCGCUCUCUCUCUCUCUCUCUCUCUCUCUCCUUCUCCAGCUCCAGUGCUUCAGCCCGGCUCCUCACGUAGCACGGGGGGCCGAAGAGAGUUUAAAGGAAACAAGACCCUACUUAGGAAAAUAACCUCCUCCACUGCUGGGAGAGAACCACAAACACCAAAGGAAGGAGAAGGACGAGGAACAGCAGGCAGGGAGCAUCUCCUCUUGCAUCUGUGAAGCCAUGUGUCCCGUCUUUCUGGCCGAGUGAGCGGUUGAGGGCAAGUUGGCAUCAGUCCUUCAGCUGCAGGUGGCCUUUUUCAGUCUGUUUGCACUCGUAACCAUGAGGCUGAGCAGUCUCCAAUGGGGGCUGGCGCUGCUGCUGGCAGUGGUUGGUCCGGUGACUUCUGGAAGCGGGAACAGCCAGAAGCGAGGGCCAGGAGAGAGGCGGAAGAAGUUCCACCGUGUGCAGCACGGACAGUGCAGCUAUACCUUCAUCCUGCCUGAGAUGGACAGCUGCAAGGGUGGAUCGGCUCAUUACGGAGGCAGCAAAGUAGUCCAAAGAGAUGCGCCGCCAGGAGAGGGUGAGUGGUCAGUUCAGAGGCUUCAACAUCUGGAGACGGCCAUGGAGAACAACACCCAGUGGCUUCAGAAGCUGGAGAACUACAUCCAGGAGAACAUAAAGUCUGAGAUGGUGCAUUUCCAAGCUAAUGCAGUCCACAACCAGACAGCCACUAUGCUGGAGAUCGGCACCAAUCUGCUCACUCAAACUGCUGAGCAAACUAGGAAGCUCAAUGUAGUCGAGGCCAAGGUAAUGAAUCAGACGUCAAGGCUGGAGAUUCAGCUGUUAGAACACUCCUUAUCUACCAACAAACUGGAGAAGGAGCUUCUCAUGCAGACGUCAGAGAUUUCAAGACUUCGGGAUAAGAACAGUCGUCUGGAGAGUAAAGUGCUGGUGCUGGAGACGCAGCAGCGGACAGAGCUGGAGGACAUGAAGGAGGAGAAGGAGAGGCUGAGGGAUCUGGUGGGGAAACAGGCGGCUGCCAUCACGGCUCUGGAAAGGCAGUUACGGGCAGCCAGCAGCAACAACUCGGCCUUACAGAGGCAACAGCAGCAGCUGAUGAAGUCUGUCCACACGCUCCUCAGCCUGGUGUCUCCCGGGACAGUGUCCGACUCCAUGCCAAGCGAAAGGAGGUUUCGAGACUGUGCUGAGAUCUACAAGUCUGGUCAAAACAGCAGCGGAGUCUAUCACAUUUACAUUGGAGACAUGACAGAACCCACCAAGGUCUUCUGUGAUAUGGAGACCGGUGGAGGAGGCUGGACAGUGUUUCAGCGCAGAAUCAACGGCAGCGUCGAUUUUCAACGAGGCUGGAAAGAGUACAAAAUGGGCUUUGGUGACCCUGGUGGAGAGCACUGGCUGGGGAAUGAAGCUGUGCACAUGAUCACCAGUCGCUCCCAGUACUCCCUCAGAGUGGAGCUGAGAGACUGGGAGGGGAACGCUCCAUACUCACUCUACGAAAAAUUUCAGCUGGCCGGAGAAAAGCAGCAGUACAGACUCCUGCUGAAGGGCUACAGUGGCACGGCCGGACAGCAGAGCAGCCUGGCAUCGCACGGCACCAGCUUCAGCACCCGAGACUCCGACAACGACAACUGCCUCUGCAAGUGUGCGCUGAUGCUAACUGGAGGUUGGUGGUUUGACGCAUGCGGCCUCUCCAACCUGAACGGCAUGUACUAUACUUUGGGUCAAAACAUCCGGAAGCUCAAUGGCAUCAAGUGGCACCACUUCCGCGGCCCCAGCUACUCCCUAAAAUCCACAGCCAUGAUGAUCCGGCCAGCUGAUUUCUGAUGCAGCGAACUUCCUGCAGUCGAAGCAAAAUCUCAAGCCAGCAUUGUAUGGACAACCCUGCACCGGUCUGACUGGGAUAAACAUUUGAGGUCUUUUGACAACAAACAGUCUGUUAGUUUACUGGAUGACUGAUCGUCUCUAAAGCAGAAAGCUGCAGAAA